AUACAAUUUAUUACUGUUACUUCUACAACUAUUCUAUGUUUCCAUCUAUUCAUAGGGUACAUUACCCAUCAGCCAGUUGGAAGCAAUACCAUCUGGAUCGAACCUAAAAUCAGCCCAGUUAUAUGGAAAGAUCAUCGCAUGUGAGAAAGAAGAGGGCAAUCAGAAGAAAUUUACUGCUAUACUGGCAGAUGCUUCUGGUUUCAUCAAGUGUUCUAUCAGCAACAAGUACUUCCGAACAGUGAAUCUGGCAAAAUCAAAUGACACUACAAUACAUGUCAAAGACUUCCUGCUGGCAAAAAACAUAGUAUAUAUCUCAGACUUCACCACAGUCAUGAGGUGCCAUGUCGUAGUGAAUGUGACACCAGAAGUGCGACAACGCGGAACAGUGCUCUUGGACAAACCAGACAGUGUUGAAGCUAUUAAAGCGUCCCCUUUAAAGACACGUGUUUCAUUGAAAGGCAAAAUCGUCAAAAUCAGACCUCUUCAAAAAAUAGGAAUUAGCAAAACAGGUGAGGAGAAAGAGUUACUAAACGUUAGACUGAAAGACAACACGGGUGUUAUUCCAAUAUCCUUGUGGGGGAAGCACGCCACCACCCACCAAGCAUUAAAGGUGGGUGACUGCAUUAGCGUUGAAAAAGGAGAGAAGGCUGUCUUUCAGAACAAACCAACAGUGAAUACAUGGGAAGACAGCACAACAAUAACACUCCUUACAGAAGACAUGACAGAAAUAACGGACAGUGAUGAUGAGACGGCCCAUCAAAGUGCCUCACCUCCCCCUGGCACCACAACAGGAGAGUGGGUGUCGCUAGGUAACAUCACAAAAUAUGAAGCAUGCAAAGAGAAACGUUGUUACUUGAAAAAAUUAACUAUAGACAAUGUGUGCCCGACAUGUGGAAAGACUUAUUCUGUCAAAUGUCCCUCCACUAUGGCCUUGAUUGCCACAGUAGGUUUACAACUUACAUAUUCAUCUGAAGUCAAGACAGCUAUAAUAUUUACGAAUGCAUUGAAGGUGGCAUACACACAACUAUGUCCUGGAGCCAGCCUGCCUGACAGUCUUAAAGCUAUAGAAGAUUCAUUCUUCGCUGCUUUACCAAAAAUGUGCCAAAUGGUAAUAAACGCUAACAAUGUUGUGACUGAUAUUACACUUUUAUAAAUAAUUACUGCUGUUGGGUAAAAAAUGUUUGUUGUUUGCUGUAUUUUUGUACCCCUACUACAGGGGGUGGGAAGUCAUUUAGAUUUACCCUUGUCCGUCCAUUCGUCCGUCCUUUCAUACAUAUUACUGUUCAUUAAUAUAUAGUUCAACAAGUACAUUUUUGUAAGUAAAUAUAUCAGGUUAAACAAACCCCUGACUCGAACUGAAUUAUGACAGAAUCAUGCUUCUCAAUUUUGACAAAAUAAUGCUUUUUUAACUUAGAAUUUCUAGUUAUAGUAAAAAAACUUUCUUACUAUUGAAUUGUUUUUUACUUGAUAAUUAAAAUAGUUAUCCACUGUCUCAAAUUACACCUGGAGAAACAAUCCCUGUAACUCUGAUUUGACUUCUACUACAAAUAUACCCUUUUUAAACUCCAAAUAUAUGUGUUACAGUCAAAUAUCUCUCUUACCAUCAAAUCAUUUGCAUUACUAUCAAUUAUACCUUUCUUUACAUUGCCAAUUGUGUCAUACAUGACAUCAAAUUGAUACCAUUUAUUAACAUCAUAGUGUACAACAAUAAUGGAAAUGUAUAUUAUGUGAAUUUUAUGCUUUCUGAUAUGAAACAUUUCUUUUCCUAUGUACAUACAUUCAACCUUAAUUAAACUGUCUAACACAUGUACAAAAAAUUGCUAUAUUCAUAGCAAAUAUUACUUGUUCAUGUUAUGCAUACAGGGCAAUUGUUCUUUUCCUAUGUACAUACAUCAACCUUUGUUAAUCUGUCCAACACAUGUACAAAAAAAACUGCUAUAUUCAUAGCAAAUAUUUCUUGUUCAUGUUAUGCAUACAAAGCAAUUGUUGCCAUCUAGUCUAUGUAUUUGUAUUUUUGUUUAUUAUUACUUUUUUCAUACAUAUUAGUUUCCAUAAAUGUAUAUUUCAACAAGUAGAUUUUUGUUAGUAACUUCUUUUGUUUCAAUUGUUACUUUCUUAUAUUGAUACUAUAUUAGUUGUAUAGUCCAUAUUGUAGCAGUUGUCACUUCAACAAUUUUCACUUAAUAAAACUUUAUGUGCAAAGACAAAUUACAACAAUUUUCACAUAAUAAAACUUUAUGCCCAAUGACAAAUUACAUCGAGAAGCUGUAUCAAUGGCUCAAAAGACGCACUUGCUAUAUCAAUACUAUUGUAAUGAACACAUUUUGCUUAUUUAAAAAAAAAAACAAAAAAACACCAAUCAAAAUGUUGUUCUCACAUGUUCAUCUGCAUCUACAUGUGCUUGGCUUAAGUUUUAUGGCAAAAGCUCCUUUAAGUCUAUCAAAUAAUUCACUUUCAAUUUCAAGCAGUUGUAAAUCAUCAAAUGGGUAAUACAUAUCAACAAGGCAAUAGAUCCUUAAAUAUUUUUGACCAUGUUAUGCCUCUUUUUACCUUACAAUGUUUUAGUCAGUCAAAUAUCUCAAUUUUGAUCAAUCUGUUGAACACAUGUACAAAAUUGCUUUAUUCAUAGAAAGUCUUUUUUUGUGACCUAUACAGGGCUAUUGUGGCCAUCUAGUCCAUAUAUUUGUAUUUUUAUCAAUAAUUACUUUUUACAUACAUAUAACUGUUCAUAAAUGUAUAGUUCAACAAGUAGAUUUUUUGAUAGUAACUUUUUUUGUUUCUAUUGUUACUUUUAUUUCCUUUAUAUAUACUUUUAUAUUAGUUAUAUAUUGCAUACAGUUUCCAUAAGGUUACUUUUAUCUUCUUUUGAUACUUUUAUAUUAGUUGUAGUCCAUAUUGCAUACAGUUUCCAUAAUGUUACUUUAAUUAUGCCCCCGUCUAUGUAUUUGUAUUUUUGUUUAUUAUUACUUUUUUCAUACAUAUUAGUUUCCAAAAAUGUAUAUUUCAACAAGUAGAUUUUUGUUAGUAACUUCUUUUGUUUCAAUUGUUACUUUCUUAUAUUGAUACUAUAUUAGUUGUAUAGUCCAUAUUGUAGCAGUUGUCACUUCAACAAUUUUCACUUAAUAAAACUUUAUGUGCAAAGACAAAUUACAACAAUUUUCACGUAA